UUCAUUUCACAUCAUGACUGAACUGAAACAAACAUUAUAAAAUCAUUCAUUUAUAGUACAUUGGACUGUUCUUGUUGAUAUGUUUCUAAUACAAAUCAAUUUUGCACUUGCCACUUACACGUGCUGGUCAUAUAAUUAGAAUAUCAUCAAAAAGUUGAUUUAUUUCCUUAAUUCCAUUCAAAAAGUGAAACUUGUAUAUUAUAUUCAUUCAUUACACACAGACUGAUGUAUUUCAAAUGUUUAUUUCUUUUAAUUUUGAUGAUUAUAAUUGACAACUAAGGAAAAUCCCAAAUUCAGUAUCUCAGAAAAUAAGAAUAUUGUGAAAAGGUUCAAUAUUAAAGACACUUGGUGCCACACUCUAAUCAGCUAAUUAACUCAAAACACCUGCAAAGGACUUUAAAUGGUCUCUCAGUCUAGAACUAUAGGCUACCCAAUCAUGGGGAAGACUGCUGAUUUGACUGUUGUCCAAAAGACGACCAUUGACACCUUGCACAAGGUGCAUUCAAAAAUGUGGGGGAGAUUCACAAAGAGUGGACUGCAGCUGGAGUCAGUGCUUCAAGAACCACUACACACAGACGUAUGCAAGACAUGGGUUUCAGCUUCGCAUUCCUUGUGUCAAGCCCCCCUUGAACAACAGACAGCGUCUGAAACAUCUCACUUCAAAAAAGACUGGACUGCUACUGAGUGGUCCAAAUUUAUGUUCUCUGAUGAAAGUAAAUUUUGCAUUUCCUUUGGAUAUCAGGGUCCAAGAGUCUGGAGGAAGAUAGGAGAGGUACACAAUCCACAUUGCUUGAGAUCCAGUGUAAAGUUUCCACAGUCAGUGAUGGUUUGGGGUGCCAUGUCAUCUGCUGGUGUUGGUCCACUGUGUUUUCUGAAGUCAAAGGACUUGAAACCUGCACACAGUGCCAAAGCUACCAGUACCUGGUUUAAGGACCAUGGUAUCCCUGUUCUUAAUUGCCCAGCAAUCUCCUGUGUCUCCGCUGGUUCUGCCCAGAAAUGAAUCUCAUGUGUCUCCGCUGGUUCCGCCCAGCAUAGAGUCCCCUGUGUCUCCGCUGGUUCCGCCCAGAAAUGAAUCUCCUGUGUCUCAACUGGUUCCGCCCAGCACUGAAUCCCCUGUAUCUCCGCUGAUCCUGACUAUCCCUUCUUCAUCUCCUGGGCAUCCCAAUCCCCAGUUGAGCCCAGGGAGGGGCUCCCGAUUCCCUGAUGAGCUCAAGGAGGGCUCCUGAACCCCAGUUCGCUCCAGUGUCAGCUCCAGCUCCAGAGCGCACUCCAAUGUCAGCUCUAGCCCCAGAGCUCACUCCAGUGUCAGCUCCAGCCCCAAAGCUCACUCCAGUGUCAGCUCCAGCCCCGGAGCUCACUCCAGUGUCAGCUCCAGCCCCAGAGCUUGCUCCAGUGUCAGCUCCAGCUCCAGAGCUCACUCCAGUGUCAGCUCCAGCCCCAAAGCUCACUCCAGUGUCAGCUCCAGCCCCGGAGCUCACUCCAGUGUCGGCUCCAGCCCCGGAGCUCGCUCCAGUGUCGGCUCCGGCUCCAGCUCCGGAGCUCCCUCCAGUGUCGGCUCCAGCCCCAGAGCUUGCUCCAGUGUCGGCUCCGGCUCCAGCUCCGGAGCUCCCUCCAGUGUCGGCUCAAGCCCCAGAGCUCGGUCCAGUGUCGGCUCCAGCCCCAGAGCUCGCUCCAGUGUUGGCUCCAGCCCCAGAGCUCACUCCAGUGUCGGCUCCAGCCCCAGAGCUCGCUCCAGUGUCGGCCCCAGAGCUCGCUCCAGUGUCGGCUCCAGCUCCAGAGCUCGCUCCAGUGUCGGCUCCAGCCCCAGAGCUCGCUCCAGUGUCGGUUCCAGCCCCAGAGCUCGCUCCAGUGUCAGCCCCAGAGCUCGCUCCAGUGUCGGCUCCAGCCCCAGAGCUCGCUCCAGUGUCGGCUCCAGCCCCAAAGCUUGCUCUAGUUUUGGUUCCAGCCCUAGAGCUCGGUCCAGUGUCGGCUCCAGGCCCAGAGUCCAGCCCAGUGAGUUUUCUCAAGUAUUUUUUUUUACGGGGGGUUGCAGUAGAGAUCCAGCCAUAGAGGCCGAGGUGGGGGUUGGAGUCAAGGACUCGGAGGCAGCUCCGCCAUGGUCGCCCCAGUCUCCAGAUCCCCCACACCCCCGCCCAACCCCACUCCCCGGUGUUAUGGCUCAGGACUAGGCUUCCGGGAGAGGGGAGUACUGUCACAAGUCGGUCUCACAAUGCACUCCCUCACUCAAGUAUUAAUCACCAGCACCUGCUCACUAUUCAGUCAUUUAAUGAUUCCUCCAAGUCCUCCUCUCCUACGUCUCUCUCGAGGUGUGUGCAACAACUCAUCCAUCCUGGUCACCCUCUUUACUUUGUCUGUAAAGAGAAAACCAGUAUCAAUCCCAGCCUUCGAUUCCAUACUCAACACCGAAUACGGAUAUAUUAAUCUUCUCCUGCUUGCUUAUACACCUGUUUUAAUAAACUUUAAUAUUAUUAACCUUCUGUUCCCGAGCCCGUGUGUUACAAUAUAUUUAUUAUGUAUAUAUAAACACAUACAUACAGCAUAUAUUAAGAAAAAUAUUAACAAGUAUUUAAAUUUAUCUAUGUAUAUUCAUAUAAAUUGUUUAAUAUAUAAAUGUAACAUAUUUUUCUUAAAUAUAUACAUGCAUGUGUGUGUAUUAUGAAAAAAAUUGUGAUAAAUUGCAAUUAAUCGUUCGACAGCGAUUAAUCGUUUAUUUCAUUUUUUACUUUUAUUUGAGGUUUGUGUAAAUCCACUUAAGAUUCACACA